AUGAGGCCGCUGUAUGAGGCGUUGAAGGGUAAGGCCCCCAUCCAAGAGAUCGACUGGACGGCGGAUGCUGAGGUGGCUUUUAAGGAGGUCAAGACCGCGCAGGCUCAGGUGGCCCUGUUGGCGCACCCAUCAUCCACGGCUCCCAUCUCCAUUACCACAGACGCAUCGGACUACGCCGUUGGUGCAGUGCAUGAGCAGUGUGUGGAGGGCGCUUGGCAGCCACUCGCCUUUUUCAGCCGUCAGCUGACGCCCAGGGAACGCAGGUGUCCCGGGUUCCCGCGGAUCUUCGCUCGGCGGGGCACGUCUUCAUCCGGCACGACGCGCACAGGGGUCCCCUACGGCCCUCCUUACAAUGGACCUUUCCGGAUUUUGGAACACGGGGACAAAAACCUGGUGGUCGACCUGGUUGGUAAGGCUGAGUGCGUUUCGGUGGACCAGGUGAAGGCUGCCCACUUGGAUUUGGACCAGCCGGUGGGGCUGGCACGGCCUCCGCGACGGGGCCGCCCCGCGGCCUUAAUGCCUGUCACUGAAUGUGAUUCAAGCCAUAGUGCUGAAAAUAAACCAUUCAGCUGCUCAGUCUAUAAGAAAGCUUUUUCACAGUGUAGGAAUGUAAAGGCACACAUGAGAAUCCACACAGGAGAGAAACAAUUUAGCUGCUCAGUUUGUGAGAAAGCUUUUUUGCGGAGAGAACAUUUAAAGGCACACAUGAGAAUCCACACAGGAGAGAAACCACACAGCUGCUCAGUCUGUAAGAAAGCUUUUUCACAGAAUACAGUUUUAAAGAGACACAUGAGAAUCCACACAGGAGAGAAACCACACAGCUGCUCAGUCUGUAAGAAAGCUUUUUCACAGAAUACAGAUUUAAAGAGACACAUGGAAAUCCACACAGGAGAGAAACCACACAGCUGCUCAGUCUGUAAGAAAGCUUUUUCAGAAAAUAUAGACUUAAAGAGACACAUGAGUAUCCACACAGGAGAAAAACCCUUUAGCUGCUCAGUUUGUACCAAAUAUUUUGCAUUGUGUGGACAUUUAAAAAAACACAUGCGAAUCCACACAGGAGAGAAACCACACAGCUGCUCAGUCUGUAAGAAAGCUUUUUCACAGCGUGGAAAUUUAAAGGCACACAUGAGAGUCCACACAGGAGAGAAAAUAUACAGCUGCAAUGUUUGUGACAAAAGAUUUAAAUGGUGUAGUGAUUUAAAAAGACACAAGUGUGUUGGUUGUCAGUCCUCACAGCUUAAUGAAAUUCAAACUGAGGAUAAUGGAGAGGCAGAGCCUCCAAUCAGCAGCUCAGCUGAUGGAGGACAAUAAAUAAGUCUUAUGACAGUUCACACAUGAGAAAAAUCUGUCUGACUGGAUUAACAUUGUUGCACAAUAUUCCUAUGAGACUUAAAUGAACUCCAUCUUUAUCAAUAUAAGUGGACAAUAUGUUUAAUGUUUUUGUCAUACUGAUUUUCUGAUGUAUACGUUAACCACUGACUGUUGAUGAACCAUUUUAUUUUGGAUAGAGGGCUCCAAGUUUCUAUAUAGAGAUAUAGGAUGAUUUGAUGUUUUAUUUUUUAUUUCUAAAUGUUUUGUAUCAUUGCUAUCCUGUUAAUGAGCCCUGUUUAACAUAAAUGUACCUGUUAUCUGAUUGUUUUUGCUUCUGUAACUGUAAGGGAAUACAUUUGCCUAUUUUGUAUCCUGAUGACCUAAUGCCGUUACAUGUAAUACGUUACUCCCUAAGCCUGAUUUCACCCACCUGCAACCGAUUCGCUAAUAAUCACAAAUGUUCAUUUCUUUGACCCCUUGACUCGACUAUUUCUUGUUUAAUAAUCGUUACAUCUCCUCAGGACCAAGUUCCCGUGUCCUGCCUUUCACCUGCUGAUCACCCACUGCUCAUUUAAGGUGGACUGACCUUUACAAUGGACCAUCCAAUUCAACUGUUAUCCACAUUGUAAUGAUUCAAAACAGCAAUGUGUAAGAUAUGGCUAGUAAUUGACUAAUUCAACAGAAUGUAAAGAGGUUACAGUGUU